AAAAUGACCAAAAAAAGAAAAAUAAAUAAUUUUCUGAACAGGGCGAGAAGGAAAUUACAAAAGCUCCCAUGGCGAUGAAUUGAUCGAGGCUUGGUCUAUCCAUUUUUAUAUUCGUGAUCAGAUGAGAAAAGCAGCAUAGAGAUGAUGAGAACGAAAACCCCGAGUGGGUGAAUCCCUCAGAACUAUCAUCAUACAUACAGCCUCUUGGCCUCUCUUCCGAAGGGGGGGGGGAAAAAGAGACAUUUUUUGGGGCCUUCAUAGUCUACCCUGCAAAACCCAGAAUGCUUCGCCAACAGAGAGACGGAGAGGGGGAGAGGGGGCUGGUGAUGUCUUCCCAGAUAGAGAGGUUUUCCUCGUACCGGGACUCUGUCAAAGUAUUGGAGGCUGACAUACAGCAUGCUAAUUCUCUGGCUGCUGCCAUUCCAAACUCGAAGGGUGGAGUUCGGCUUCGUAUGAAACUGGUCUGCAAUAACUGGGCACCUCUUUUCUUCUUUUUGCUUCGAUGGGUUGAUUAUUCUUGUGCUUGUUUCUUGCCGGGGUACUUGAACCUCUUCCACAUCCUUAUAUACAAGGUUUACCCGGAUGGGAGACUGAGCCUUCGCGCUAACGCAAGGAAAGCAACAAUACGGGACUUCUAUGCUGUUAUACUGCCAUCCCUUCGAAGACUGCAUGCUAACUUGGAAGAAUUGGAGAAAUUUGAUUUAGCCGUUAAAUCCGGCAGUCAGAAGAAAGCAAAAGGAGAUGAAAGAUUCGCUUAUGAGUUGGAGAGAGAAGAUGAAUGUGGGAUCUGCUUGGAGCCCUGUACAAAAAUGGUGUUGCCCGGUUGUUGCCACUCCAUGUGCAUAAAGUGCUAUCGUGAUUGGAACGUGAAGUCAGAGUCGUGCCCCUUCUGUCGUGGGAGCUUAAAGAGAGUGAAGUCCGAAGAUCUCUGGGUCCUAACUAGUGAAGACGAAGUGGUUGACCCGGCAACGGUAUCUAAAGAAGAUCUCUUGCGGUUCUACCUCUACGUAAAUUCCUUACCUAAAGAUUGCCCCGAUGCCCUUUUCCUACUCUACUAUGAAUACCUCAUCUGAUUCGUGAGGAUGGAUUAGAACCAGAUCAAUGAUGUACAGAUCAAAGAAGAGAAAGCUGACUGCCCAAAUGUAGAUAAGAGUCCGGCAAGUGAGGAGGAAUUUAUUUCUUCUCGUGAUGUAAACGAGUCUUCAUUGUACUUUGUCGAACUUUUGUCAGGAUGAAUAAAGAAAUUAGCUCGAGCCUCAAUUCAAAGAGCAUAAAACAAGGAAAA